AUGGCGCCGACCGUCGGUAUUGUCCGAGUUCGGUGUUUCCAACUCUUUUUAUAGUGGAAAAUUUAAGCCAGAAUGAAAUGGAAUGAGCGGGAGAUCACAGGGCCGUGGUAGGCAAUCACGCAGGGAGCGUUCUCAGCGUAGCAGAGGCCGAGACAACUCCGCAGACUCCGUUAGUAGCGUACGAAGUGAAAGAGAAAGAGAUCCAAAUCGCAAUGGGCGGACUACGCGUCGACGUCCUGAGAGACGAGACGAAAGGCCUCGUAAAACUGACGAAAAACCUUCAGAGAGGGAAAGCUCACGCAAUGCAAAUACAGACAAAAGAGAUGACAAAGUUGUAGAUCGUCAUAGCAAUACAGGCAAUGAUUCCAGACUAGUAAAUGUCUUCAAGAGGAUAAAUCGUGAAACAGACAGAGAGCGACGCAUUGCUGCAGCUAAGCAGCUUGAAGAGUAUUUCUGCUGCGUAGAAAAUGUACAGAUAAUUUUGAAAAAUGCAGAUACUGUGCUUGCUUCUCUGGAAGAUAUAUUAUAUGAAAGGGGUUUGUCUGAUAUUAAAGAACCAGUAACUCAAUGCUUGGUGUUGUUUGGUAAUUUACUCAGCUAUGAUUCCAGAAGGUAA